GGUGGCAGCAGUUGAGCUGCAGGAUGUCACCGCUUAAAAGAAGGGCGCAGCUCUUUGACCACAAGGGUGAAGCACUGUACCACAUCCGACGCACUUGCCACUAAAAGAGUAUUAUCCGUUCCAUGCUGCAGUUCGUGUAAUAAUGGUUACAUUUCCGAAAAAUGCAUUCAAAACAAGAACAUCAUAGAAUAAACAGCAACAUUUAAUGCAGUUAACAAUAAAAUGUCGUGAUCACAGUCGGCAGACACCCCCUGUCUGAAAAGCUGUUUUUGUUCUUCCAGAUGUGUUUGCGCUCUGUUUGUUUCUAGUCGGACACAAAACGGGGACGGAAACCAAACAGCCACGUAGUGAAAGGCGAAGCUCGCAGAGAGUGCUUUGGACAUUGGCAUGAUCCCAACUGGCCUGCCUCCAGCAAAGAUGGCUUUGUGAGGACUUUUUUCCGUUUUGACUCUUCAGGUGUUUUUUUAAUGGAGAUGGAUAUUAAUAAAUCACAAGAACCUCAAAUGGAGGCUAAUGCCUGUCAAGGAGACUAUGUCAUAAAAUCCAAAGAGGCUGACACUCGUGCUGUUGAAGAUGAAACACUAUUGAAACAACAAUGGCUGGAGAACGCACAAAACACAAAUGGAGAUAUUCCUAAUGGUCCCGUCAGUUCAGAUGUGAUGCCAAAUGGAGACGGACUGGCAGAGGGCUUUGGUGCCAUGGGGGAAACUCGCAUAAAUGGGUCCUUGUCUCCAACAGCUCCUCCUCAGAGCACCAGCUCCCCUGUCAACUCCCAGACCCAAGAGCCCUCCCCAGCCAAUCUGCAGCCAUCAUUGGAGAUGGAGAAUGAGGAGAAGAUCCGCUUUGAGGCUCGCAGACGCUUGGAGGAGCAGCUGAAACAGUACAGAGUGCAGAGACACAAGGAAAGGUCUCACCGCAGCACCCCUAGGAGCAGGCAAUUCAGCACCCUGGAUCCAGAGCUCAUGCUGCAUCCUGAGGCUCUGCCCAGGGCCAACACUGUUGCCAUGACCAAGGAGUACUCCUUCCUGAGGACCAGUGUCCCCCGUGGUCCCAAACUGGGAAGCUUGGGGAUCCCCCCUGCAAAAGAAAGAAAGACCAGAUCACCCCGCCCAAGCAAGAUCCACUCUUUGGCUGACUAUAAGUCUCCUGAGAGUGAUGGUGGAAAUGGAGGAGGCGGUGGAGUAAGAACAGCAGAAAACACUAUGAGCUCUCUCCAGUCCACCAUGAGCUCAGUCUCCACUCUGUCAGAGGUCAGCGUGAUGUCAGAGGGCAGCACUUGUGAGCUGGAGGCACAGCAGAGAGCUUCGCCUCAGGUCGGGGACAAUAUGUCAGAGAUUGACGGUAGUGAAUCAGGAACAAGACCAGGGAAUGACGGCAAUGACAGUGACAGCUCGUCUUACAGCAGUGUGUCUACCAGAGGGACGUAUGGCAUGCUUUCUGCCGCAGUGGAAAGGCAGAGGGGUGCCUACACCGUGGAGGGGAGGGAGAUCGCCCCUGAUGCUAUGGGUCAGUUCCCCUCCCUGCAGGAGGUGCUGCAGGCAGCCACAGAGGAGCAGCACCUGCUGGAGCUGGAGCAGGAGAGAGAAGGGACAGCAGAGCCUCGCAGCCGCAGAGACAGUUUCUCUAGCAGUGUUUCUUUGGAGAGUUCAGUCAUGGGCCACGAUGAAAUGCUGCAGGUGAUGAAAGAGAAAAUGAGACUGGAGGGUCAGCUGGAAUCUUUGUCAUCUGAAGCCAAUCAGGCUCUCAAGGAGAAGACAGAGCUUCAGGCCCAGCUGGCUGCAGUGAACGCUCAGCUGCGGGCCAAGCAGGAUGAAGCACAGGUCAGCCAGGAGAAACAGAGCAUUCUCAAUGCGGAGGUUGGCACACUGCGGCAGAACUGCAGCCAGCUAGAGAAGGCCAUGGUGGAGCUUCAGGGCAGCCUGGAGAGCAAAAAUGCCAGUCUGUCUUCUCUAAGCAAUGACCUGAAGGUGGCGGAAGAUCAAUACAACAGGCUUAUGGGGAAGGUGGAGGAGAUGCAAAGCACUGUCACAUCAAGAGAUAACGCAGUUCAGGAUUUGCGUGUGCAGAUGGGGGGUCUUCAGGGUCAGCUUCAGCAGGUCCAGCUAGAGCGCAGCACCCUGCAGAGCCGGUUGAAGACCUCUCAGGCUGAAAUCGACUCACUGCAGCAGCUCAGACAGUGGUACCAGCAGCAGCUAGCAAUGGCCCAGGAGGCGAGAGUACGACUGCAAGGAGAGAUGGCCAACAUGCAGGCUGGACAGAUGACUCAGAUUGGUGUCCUUGAACAUUUGAAGCUGGAGAAUGUGACUCUGUCCCACCAACUCACUGAGACACAACACCGCUCCAUCAAAGAUAAAGAGCGCAUCGCUGUUCAGCUGCAGAGCAUCGAGGCUGACAUGCUGACUCAGGAAGCUGCUUACAAGCAGGUCCAGGAUGCAAAGUCCAUGGUGGAAGAUGAUCUGCAGCACAAACUGGACGAGUUUGAGGAUGAGCGAGAUCGCUUAAUUAAACUGGCCAACACAGCAAGCUCCCUGGAAAGAGAACUUGAGCAGGUAAAACUCACCCUCUCCCAGAAGGACUUGCAACUUCAGUCACUUCAGAAAGAGCAUCUAGAGUUGAUGCGCCAGCUGACCAUCACUCAGGAGAACCUGCAGACCAAAGAGCAGUCCAUCAACCAGCUGGAGGCCCGUUAUCUAGAGCUCGAGGCCCAGCUAGCAGAGCUGCAGGCAGAGGGCAGUGCCAAGGACGACAACAUCCAGUUUCUGCAGAACGAGAAGAUUGUUCUGGAGGUGGCUCUGCAGUCAGCCAGAGCUGACAAGAGCCAACUAGACGAGACUGCGGAACAGCUCGGAGAAGAUGUCCUGGUGGCUUCAGACGUCUUGGAUCAACUCAGACAGGAAGUCCAGGUCAAAGCCAAUCAGAUUGAAACUCUUCAACAGGAAAACAGUUCUCUGAAAAAACAAGCUCAGAAACUGAAGGAACAAUUCCAACAACAGAAGGUGAUGGUGGAAGCCUACCGCCGAGACGCUAGCUCCAAAGACCAGUUAAUCAGUGAGCUGAAGUCCACCAAGAAGCGUCUGCUAGUGGAGGUGAAGGACCUGAAGCAGGAACUGCUGGGCGUACAAGGAGAGAAGCAGAAGGCAGAGCUUGAACAGGCCCGGCUGCAGAGGGAAGUGGUGAGAGUGCAGGAGCAGAUGAACAACAUGGAGACUCAUCUGGAUGCAAUUCAGAAAGAGAGGGAUCAGCUAGAAACACAGAUCCAGUCUCUGCAGUUUGAUCAGAGCCAGCUAGCAGCAGUGACGGAGGAGAAUGAAGGCCUGAGGAAGCAGGUGGAGCAGUUGGAGGGGGAGGCCAAAAAGGCAAUCUCAGAGCAGAAGGUGCGCGUGAAGCGGCUGGGGACAGAUCUAACCAGUGCUCAGAAAGAGAUGAAGGCCAAACACAAGGCCUAUGAAAAUGCUGUUGGCAUCCUGAGCAGGAGGCUCCAGGAGGCUCUGACUGACAAGGAGACGGCCGAGGCAGAGCUGGUGAAGCUCAAGGCCCAGGUGUCUGAUGGGGGAAACACCCAGGUCCUACAGGAGAAGAUUAAGGUCUUGCAGACCGAGCUGCAGGUUGUGACCAAAAGUAAGAUGAUGUUGGAGAAGGAGCUGCAGGAGGUGAUCACUCUCACCUCCACGGAGCUGGAAGAGUACCAGGAGAAGGUCAUGGAGCUGGAGGACGAGCUUCAAGAGUCCCGGUGCUUCAAGAAGAGGAUCAGAAAGUUAGAAGACGCCAACAAGAAGCUUGCACUAGAGCUGGAACAUGAAAAGGGGAAACUGGCAGGAUUGGCACAAUCCCACAAUACACUGCGGGAGCACUCCAACAUUUUAGAGACAGCCUUGGCGAGGAGGGAGGCAGAUCUUGUCCAGCUGAACUUACAGGUUCAAGCUGUUCUGAAGCGUAAAGAGGAAGAGGACCAGCAGAUGAAGCAGACUGUUCAAACACUGCAGCUUGCCUUGGAAAAAGAGAAAACCAAAGUGAAGGACUUGAAAGAACAGGUGGCAGCAGCAAAGGCUGAAGCAGCCCACAACAGGCGGCACUAUAGGGCAGCCAUGCUGGAGCUGUCAGAGAUCAAGAAGGACCUGCAGGCCAAAGAGGACCUGGUCAAAGCUCUGCAGCUUGAAUCCCACAAACUACAGGCUCAGGAUGACCUGCACGCUAGGGAGGUUUCCAGCUUCCAGGAGGAGCUGGCUGAGGCCCACUCACAGCUACAGAUCCUCCAGAAACAACUGGACGAGGAGCUGGCCAAACAGCCGCUCACCAACCAAGAGGUGGAGGACCUGAAGUGGGAGGUGGAGCAGAGGCAGAGGGAGAUCGAAGCUCAGAAACAGCAGCUGGAGAUGAUGGAGCAGUGUCAGCACAGGGAGCUGGACAACAUACACAGAGCUCUGCAGAGCAUAAAGGUGGAGCUGGAGUCGGUGCAGGAGGAGCUGAGCAGCACCAGAAAGGACAAGUUUAUGCUGCAGGCUAAAGUUGGUGAGCUGAGGAACAGCAUGAAGACAGUCCUGCUACAGAACCAGCAAGUUAAACAGGACCUGAAACAUAACCGUUUAAGGAAGUCGCAGCGCAUGGAGCUGAAAAGUGAGGGGAACCCAUCCAACCCAGUGACACCAGUUAAGAUCCCAGACUGCCCAGUACCUGCUUCUCUGUUAGAUGAGCUGCUAAAACCAUCAACAUCUGUCAACAAGGAGCCCCUAAACAACCUGCACAACUGUCUGCGGCAGCUCAAGGAGGAGAUGGACAGCCUCCAAAGGCAGAUGGAGGAACACACAGUGACAGUACAUGAGUCAAUGAGCUCGUGGACAAACACAGACGAGGAACUAGCUCAACUGGGGAUAGAAAACAACACCUCCAAAUCACCAACGCCGCUAAACAACAUGGUGGUGGAAAACAACAAUGAAGCAGACCAACAGCAAUCAUAACUUUUAAAGAACUUUUCUCAGGCCAUUUGAGGGAGAGUGGAGUUCUAUCCACAAAGGCACUUUGAAGCCCCUUUAUUCCCUUUCUCUUUUCUUAACAAUUGCUGCCAACAUUUGGCGUCCUCCCAUCAGCACAGAAGUGCUUUUGCAGAGUAAUACUUUAUAUACCAUAGCUUUAUUCUUUCUUCCUUGUUUCAUUGUUUUAUACUUUUGUUAUACAUUUUCACAUUUAUUUAUUUAGACUUAAGGGAUUAAAACUUAUCUGACCGUCUCCCCAAGAGAAUCCCCCCUAUCCUCAGUUCUCUCAUCAGACAUAGAAAUAUGUAGUGUAGUUAUAAAGUUUAUCUGUUGAACCACUUUUCCCUGUUUUUUCUCACAAAAACAUAUUUGGUCUUCAUCAACCUCCCAGUAUGAAAUCAGUGUCUUUGAUGCUGCUUAAAGAUGACUGAGAUUAUUUCAAAAAGUGUUUUUGGAGACAGAAACACAAGUCUUUAUGGACUGGCUAUAAACUGUUCUUCGAUUUUGUCGUGCCUGUGUUCGAGUGAGGUUGCUCAUCUUUGAAUUAGCUGACGUGGUUACACAUCUGCAUGGUUUCUCAGCAGCUGAGGAUGAGCCAUCACUCCUUUUCAUGAAGUUAUAAGUCAUGCACAACUGUCCGUUUCUUUGUAUGGCCUCUUGUUAAAAUGCAGUGUUUCUUAAAUUUCUUGAAACCAUAUCACCUUGGGUUCUUUAACUCUGAAAACAUUAGUCUCAGUUAGGUAUGGAGUUGUUCUAUCUAGCAUGGACUGCAGUAAUCAGAAGAAAAAAAAGCCUUAAGUAAACUGUAAAGGACUAAGUUGGUUUGAGUGAGUAUGUUUCUGCUUGGGGUGUGUGCAAGAUGUUAAAUGUUAGAUUGUAUAUGUGUGCAAAUCCUUACUGAAAAUGGUGUAUUGUAAAAUAAGUUGGUCACAUCAGCUGACAUUGCACACUUGAUGAUUAAGACUUUACUGACAGAGGAGCAAGUUGUAAGACGGAGCAAAAAAUAUGACUUCUUCUGACAGCAGGUGCGAUCAGAUGUGUUCAUUUUCUGUUACAUUUGGUACAAACUGUAUUUGCAAAAAAUGACUCCCCCUGAAUCUGAUGUUAUACUUGUUUUAUGGCAUGGUUAGGGGAUAAGUGAAUUGUUUUCAGAGUUUAAUAUAUGAAUAUAUUUCCUUUUGUAUAAUUGUAAAUUAAUCAUAAUUGUUAAAUAGUGUAACAAAUAUGAAAUACAAGAUAUCAAAUGCAAACAAUAAAUCAAAGCAGAUAGUGAUUCUGUCAGUGUAAAGGGUCAUUGGAUGGUACAUUGGCUUUCUGCAUUCAGUUGUGCUGCAGUUGCUGUUUGGGUGCUCAUUCCCACACUGACAAUGUUUUUUUAACACCACUGUAUGCUUAUAAAUUUCCAAAGGGACAAAACAUAUUUUGAGGAGAAUGCUCAUUGAGGAAAAUAACAAUAAAUAUAUUAAUAUACUGUGUUCUGAUAGAAGUAUUUUGACUGUAUCUUCCAAACUACCUUCCUCUGUAACGUUGGGUAGUAUGUAAUAACACUUGCUAGAGCACCUGCGCUCUCUGCACCUUGCUGUAUCUGCUUCUUCUCAACUGGAAUUGAUUCAUUCCUAUGUUAUAACAUUUGUUUUGGGAGAUGUGAUUGUAUUUAUCAUAAAAUUGCACUAUUCAUCUGUUA